AUGGAGUUGAGGAUUGAAUGGACAAAGAAACUUCGGCAGUCAUACGAUUUUCACUUGCUGAAAUGGGUACAUAAAUACCUGAGCGGUAGCCCAUGUUCUCCUAUUUUCAAGACACUCUCCACUAUCGCAUUUGAAGAUUACCGUCUCCAAGGCAAAAUUCUGCUUGGACCUCUUACCAUGGUUACGAAGAAGGGACCAUACUCUAGCCGUUCCGGCAAAUCAGCGGUUCCGGACUUCCUAGCUUAUAACGGAAGCAAGGCACAGAAGCUACCGGAGUAUGGAGAACGCGACUCGAAGCGUUAUGCAACUGGCUCACUACGACCACCUGAUGGGUACGCAGGUUCUGCAAAAUCUAGAACAUCCAAAGCCUAUGGAUCGUCGUCUAGGGCGUUAGAUAUUCCUGGGAGCUCUUCUAGAGCCCCUGAUCCCUUUGCACUGCCCACCAGUACUGCCUUGGUACCCUAUACAGGUGGCCAGAAAUACUACGACAAUGCACUGGCAGCUGGCAGCUCCAACAGCCGCAGAGACUAUGACCGUGCGCCAACAGCUGGCGGCUCCAGACGUAGAAGUCUUUUCUUCGGAGACGAAGGGAACACCCGUAUAGCUUCUCGUGGCGGCAAAGACUACGACCGUUUACCAACCGCCCGCCGCUCUAGCCGACGACGCGUCCAUUUCGACGACGGGAGAGACGAUCGUAGAUCAUCCAGCCGCGCCCGCCGAAGACGGCGCCGGCGUCAACGAGAAUCGGAACGUACUGACUUGGCAAUGUGUUGCCGUGACUGCUGCACCUUGGCACCGCGUGCAAAAAUCCCACCGCUACUGCCAGAGUAUGGUCCGGUAUCCGAUGCGACCCUUUACCAGCUCCAUAUGGUUUCAGGCAUACCUCUGUACAGACUUGAGUAUCUGAGUGACUAUGACCUUAUCACCGAAGGCCCAUGCGGCUCGUUGGGAAUUCUAUUUCCCCUUCUACCCUGCGAUAUUCGUGAUGCUAUCUCCAGUGGACAGUUUUCGAUCCGCCCAGUGCAGGUGGCUACGGUAACCACUGUGAAUGUGUACACAACAUAUGAGCUAUACUGA